AUGGAGACGGGCGGGUGCCGCAUGGGCGGCGCGGGGCCCGGCGGCCCCGCCGCGAUCACGCUGGAGGAUCUGGACGGGCUGGCCGAGGAGAGCCCCGACUCGGCGUACCACAGCCACGGCAGCAGCCUGGAGGAGGAGGCGGCCGAGCGCAUGGACGACGAGGAGCAGGAGCGGCUGCUGAGCUACUGGCAGAGCGUGGGACGGGGGCACCAGGUGGACGUGCCCCGAGACAUGGCAGAGCCCAUCCAGCAGCUGACCAGGAACAACAACCCCCAGGAGAGGCAGAGCAUCCCCUUCACGCUGAUCCAGCGCAAGGAGAAGCUGGGAGAUCUACUCUAUGAGAAAAGGCAGUAUGGGAAAGCCAAGUGGGCUUGUAUCAAAAUGAAAGAGAAGCAGUACGAGCAGAGCAUCUGCCUCGGCUUCAUGAAGCUCAUGAGGUACAUCUGUGAGCAGAACUCCUCAGGGCUGUACCUGGGCAUCACCGUGCCCAUUGUCACCAUCGUGCACACCAACGAGGCGCAGUCGGCGAUGACACAGGCGGUGACAGUGGCCUAUUACCUGCCCGAGGUGCUGCAGGACGAGCCCCCACACCCCUUCGACUCUGACAUCAUCAUCGAGGAGUGGCCUGCCACCAUUGUCUACAGCAGGAGCUUCCGAGGGAUCACCAACGAGGACUCCAUCAUGAGGGAGAUCAACCUGCUGGCAGCCAUCCUGGAGAGCCCCGAGCUGUGCCUGCGGGACACGUUCAUCAUCGCCGGCUACACCAACCCCGCCGCCGCCAACCGCCACAACGAGAUCUGGUUCCUGCAGCGGCCCUGAGCUCCUCCUGCUGCUGCUGCUGCUGCCCACGGGGCCUCCUCCCUCUCACAGGUGACCCCAGGUGUCCCCUGUCACAGGCCAGCACUGGGGAUCUCAGCUGGGUUAGGAGCAGCCAGCCCAGCUCAGCUCCCCAGCCACAGAUCCCCGCGGCAACUCUCCCACAGAUUGGAUGGAGGGUUUUGGCACUUUAAAGUUAGUUCAGCUUUUCUAUCUUAUUGAGCAGGUAAGGGAGGCAGAAACCCCUUCCCUCUGGCAUCCCUAGGCUGCCUGUGGCUCAGGAUGCUCCCUGGGGACAUCCUGGAGCCCUGGCCUGCUCCAGUGCUGCACAAAGACCCCGCUGGGGCUCUCAGUGUGACACAGCAAACCCACCUCACACAGGCACAGAAAGAAUGUCCAGGUCUCAGUUCCUGAGGAGAACCACCAGGCUUAGCCCAGUGGGAUUGGAGCAUGGAGUAAGAACAGGCCAAUGCUGACAGCUGUGGCACAGAGAUCCAUCCCCAAAGCUUACCUCAGAAAGCUCCCAACCAAAGCUCCCCCAGUCUGGAGAGAGACCAAAAACUCCUAUUGCUCACUCAAGUGUUGACAGCAAAAUUACUGAGGUUAUCCUCAUCACACCCCCCCAGGAAUCCCAUGACUGGCUCUGGCAUUCCUAAGCAGACACUGGUUCCUUUGAACUGCAGUUUUCUGAACAGUUCAUUCUUACAGCUUUGCUGGGUGUUAAAGCACUGCAGCUGGAGUAAAUUGUUCAGCACUUCUGGCUGUAAAUGGCAUAAAUGACACAAAUAUCCACAGAGAACACCUCAGCUGGGAGUGACCUGGGGCAGACACCUCUGCUGAGAGCAGGGCUGCUGCUCCAGGCAGCACAGCUGGGUUUGAGCAUCCCCAGGGACCCCUCUGGGCCUGUCCCAGCAUCUGACCACCCUCACUGUGAGAGCUUUUUCUCCCCAGUAUCAAUUUGUUGGUUGUUUUGCCCCUCAGCCCUGUGCUAAGCCCUCAGCUGGCAGCCUGGCUCUGUGCAGAGGCUGAGCUCCCACGUUCCAGAGCCCCCAGAAGGUGUGGGAGCAGCAUUGCCACUGUUCCACACAGCCCAAGAGCACCUACUGCACUUUAGAGUCAGGGUAGCAAAGAAUUCUGCUCUCCAAAAUCCCUCCCUAAUGUCUCCCCUUACUGAUGUGAUGGUAGAGUUUAUUCCUAAUAGACGUAAAUAUUUUUUUAUAUAAAAUUCACUGAGUACAUCACCAGCAUUAUUUAUUGGUUACAGGAUUUAGGGUUCCAGCAGAGCUUCUGUGCCCUUUAUUCCAACACAGAGAGCAGCAACCAGAGCCAGGGGCUGCUAACUCACAGCAGGGUGAAAAAACAACUCCAAAAAUGGAUUUGUGGAGGAUUUCUGAAAGAACCCAAAAAGCCUCCUGGUCCCACAGGGAGGGAGGGAGGGAGGGCUCUGUGCUCAGCCCAAAAGCUCUCCUGAGCAGCAGGAUCAGAGUGGCCCUGGUUUAAGCAGGACCAAGGUGCCCUCUGGUGCCUGCUGGGCACAGAGAUUCCUUGGGAAGCAGCAAGGAGAGGGGAAAAGGAAACACAAAAUAAAGAGACACAAAAGCCUUAGUUUUAACACAAAAAACCCAAGAGUUUUUAUGGAGAGGGGAAAAAAAACCCAAACAAACUAAAAUGCAAUACAGUGUCCCAGCCUGGGAGAAGGAAAAUUAAAAAUGCCAGCCAGUAUUAAAGUAAAAGCUCUUAAUGAAAGAAAAACAGUGAAAGUAUUUUUAAAACUGAGUUGAAUAGAUGGCCCAGGGAGGCAUUAAAUAAAAGGUUUUGUUCUCAUAUCCUCCCUCAGAUUUUUAUAAGAGUACAUAAAAGUAAUUUUCACCUCUGACAAGAUUUUAUGGCAAAUUAAAAGAAAUUUCUGCCAUCUGAAUUCUUUUGCCAGCGAGGGAAAUUCUCAUUAUGCUUCGGCACAACAGAUGUUGCAUAGCUCCUGGGAGCAGUGAAAUCCUCUCACCACAGAGCACCAGUUUGUACAUAAUUCACAUUUUAAGCCUCUCCUGCAAAAGCAUCUGCUGUGUCUGAUGUCCCUGCCACCCCUCCUGUGGCUCAGCUCCCCGUGGGUGAUGUUCCAGAAACACCCCUGGAGCACGAGCAGAUCUAUCUGAGUGUGCUGACAUCCCACCUGCAGCCCAGCACUGCCUGCUCUUUGUGGCAAACUGUGAAUCCCAAGAUAGUAUUUAUUUAUUUUCACUUCUGUUAGAUGGCUUCUGCUGCUGAGAAAAAAAACCAAAAAAACCAAAAAAAAACCCUACUUCAGCUCCAGUUUGGAGAUACACUUUAUGGCUUGGUACCAAGAGCUGCCACUGGCCUCAGGAGCACAGGCACCAAGAGCUCCAGUGUUUAGCUGACACAAAAUGCAGUUUAUUCAGUUGUUACACCACUGAAUGGCAAGCAAACAUCACUGCUACUCAGAUCUGACUACACCAGGUCAGGCAUGACUGCCUAGAACAGGUAUUUUGUUAUCCAUCCGUGGCUCUGCUUUGGGAGCCACCCCUGGAUUUUCAGUUUAAUGUGAAGUUAUUAGCUUUCCACUCAUGAAAGGAGAUAAUAAAUCAGCAUUCACCCCUAUUUUUGGAAGAUUAAAUGAUGUAGCCUUAACAGAUAAGUGUUGUCCUGCAUACUGUGUAUUUUCCAAACCAGAGUUAGUGCCUAAAACGUUGAUUCCAGCUAUUGUGAUACUCAGGGCCUUGCUUAUUGUAUGUAAAGCCAUCUCCACAGAGCUCCUCUGGCAUUGUUGUGCUGUGCUGUCUGACACUGUCCUUUGCUCACACUGAAAUGUUGUCUUGUUUACUGUUUGGCACAAUUAAAGAAUGAUUUUACUGUGCACAGA